AUGAUUUUUUUUGGAGCGGGGAAAAAGGGUUUGUGUUCUGAAGAGUACCCAGUGAGCUUUGAUGACAGCACAUGUAUGAAGAAAUGGUUGGUUGGAAGAAGGAAAUCAUGGCAAUUUGAAUUUGGAGAAGAGUUCAAGCACCUAGCUUAUGCGAGACGAUCAGGUACCUACCUAGUUAGACAUGUACUGAUACCCGUAGAAGGGUUAGCAUUUCGGACAAUCGGAUUGCUAGCUGCGUAUCUCGUAUCCACUCUCAUUGCGAACGGUGCUAGAUUUGAAUGA